AUGGCAGAUACCACAGUUUUAUUCAGGAAGAUAGUACAGGUUUUCGAAGAAACAAAUGGGCCGGCGCCUCGAAAACCGACAAAGUCUGAAAAUCAAUAUCGAAUUAAAGACACUUUCGUUAGCGAGAGUUACGAUCUGGUGAAACAUAUUUAUGAGUUUAGAAAAGUGAUGGGGUCCUUGAAAAAUGAGUAUCAAAGUGAAAAUGAGAUGAGCGAACAGGAAAAGGACGAUUUUGACACCGAAUGUCGGUUGUUGUUGCAACAGUACUUUGAGAAACUCAAGUUUUUGGAAAAAUACGAAACGAAAAGAAGCGCGACGGUAGCGACCGGACUACAAGGUGGACUGUUUGGUCCCUGGCGGACGGAAAGUGACCGGAAAGAUCUUUUUUUCGAUACCGCGAGUAAGCAUAGGGCCGGAAUUUUACGAUCACUAGGAUUGUUACUUUCCGGGGCAUCUACCGCGUUUUCCAAAUUACAGCAAGAAAGGCUUCUUCGGAAACGGGAACUGGAUUCCAUAGAUUUCAAUGCACAGUUAUAUUUACCAACAUCGGGUGUGAUUAGUAAAAUAGAAGUUCCUCCGGCUAUCGAAACGACCCAGGAAGAAGUUAAACAAUAUAACGACACUGUUCAAAUGCUAUCGACUCAGCAGAUUCAGAUUUUAGAAGAAGAUCACAGCGAAUUGCUUAGUCAUAAAAAGGCAGAAUUGAAUGAGGUCGAAAAGCUAAGCAAGACAAUAAUAGGCAUUUCGUCGUUACAAAAUGAAAUUUCAACGCAUCUGCAAAGCCAGACUCAAAACAUAUCAUCGCUGUUAGAUAACUAUGACGAUGUCGAGGUUGAUGUCUUAAAGGGAAAUAAACAGCUCGGAAAAGCCCAAAGACGAAGCGGGAAAUCGGCGGCUUUAAUUAUGUAUUUAUCGAUCGUCUUUGGAAUGCUCAUUCUGUUUCUAGACUAUAUAAAUUAA